AUGAACGCGCUGAGUUCACUCGUCACAAAGGCGUUGGCCAAGAGUCCCUCCACGGACAACGCGGUCAGGAAACACGUGUUUUCUGUGCUGCUUCAGCCUGGCGCAGUUCUGUCUAAACCUCCCGGCUGUUCGGAGUGCUGGUUGAGGGAGAGGCGGCCAUUCUCCUGCGAUCACCUGGAAACUUGUCAUCGUCUUAGAAGGACAUUAAACAAGAAAGCAGUAAUGGAACUCUAUAUAGAAAUGCUGGAUUCGAUCAUCAAAAUUAAUGAAAUUUGGCCCCUGGUUAAUCCGGAUCUGCUGCCAUUGGAAGAACUGCGCACGGACAAGGAGACUUGGAAGGCGCGGGCUGCCGAAGACGAGGCGAUAGCGCUGGGUGCAGAACUAAAGCUCCCCAUACUUCGACACCUCCGAUGCAGCUUGUAUUUGUCAAUAACGCAACGCGUAAAUACUUUGCAUGGGCAGGUGAAGAGCGACAUGUUACAAAAAUUCCUCAGUCUUCUUGAACAGAAGAUGAAAGCAAAGGAACGGCAAGAGAGCCAUAUUUCGGAUAUGAGGUACAUGGACAGAAAAAUGAGAAGACCGAAGGGUCGGAGCAAAAGAUUUUUCCGCCGGGAAUUUCAUGCCGCUAUGUGGAGCAAGUUAUGUGCGAUUUUCGACGACAAGAUGGAAGAAGUGAAGUGGCAGUUUUGGCAUUUGGUGAACGUAAAGUUGGUCUUCAUGGACAGCAAAAUGAGCGCGUUGGAAGCACAGUGUAUAGCGCAGCAUUUGCAAACUUUGCUGAGGCAGUCGGAGGCAGUAUUGCAGGGACCGUCAUUGAAGAUUGUCGAAAAUAAGAUGGAAAUUGCGCUGAAGCAAAUACGCCGUGUAAUGGAUCUCCAGCUGGGAUUAAUAGGAACCAGAAAGAGAGUGGAUCUGCGAUCGCUGGACGACAUACGACGAGCGAGAGCACUAGAAGCCAUUGCGCGGAGGGGGGCUCAGUCCGAUCAGUUCUCAAGUAGCGAGGAGGAAGAAGAUGAAGAUUGGUCUGGCCCCGGACCGAACAAGAGAGCGGCGGAAAAAGGAAAGCCUGCUCUGAAGAGAUGUAGUGGAAAACACGAGCCACAGCUGGAGCUUUUGUUAGCCAGAAUUGUUCUUGAUGAGGAUGAGGAAGAGGACGAGAGCGAGCGACUUCUCUGCGAUCUAUGCAAAAGAAGGCUUAAGUCGGCGCUUAAAAAGGCUUAAGCCCCUUGGCGUUUGGGGAAGCCGCCAUCUUCAGUGUAAGUGAAGGCGUUGUUUGAUAAAGUGAAGGCGUUUGAUUUGGAGGCUUUGGAACUAGGGACCAGAUAAAAAUAUUAAAUAUUCCUAGCGUUAUCUUUCAGUGCAUUUGGUUACAAAGAGGGGAUGCAUUAAUAUUCUAGACAUUCUACUCGAAAAUAGUUCAGAUAGAAUUAUUUAUUCGUGACCAAGACCUUUAAUCAAUUUGGGAGAAUCAAAAAAGAUAAAUAACAUUAAAAUUAUAGUUCAAUAUUACAUAUAUAAUGCAGAAACUUUUAACACGCGUAUUUAACCAAAAUGAUAUCUGAAGCUUCUUAAAUAUAUCUGAAGGAAAUUGUAGGAGACGUGUUACAGAAUGCUUGGGUUACAUUUUCUUCUAAAGAGGAGCUUCUUUAGGAUUAAUGUAAUGAAUUUUCAGAUUAUUACAGAAAGGAAUUUAAUUUAAUAUAUAUAUAUAUAUUUGGAAGUAAUAAGAUACAUCACCAUUCACAGAGUGCCUAGUAAUUUACUUUCACUUAAACCUUCCCUUUGUACAUCAAAUAUACUAUGGUUUGCGGACAGAAGAGAAAAUUUUGAGAUAACAUUGAUUCCUAGUUUUCUUCCGUCGUAAGUUGCCAGAUCAAAAGCACACGCAUUUAGUGUACUAUCAGCUCCUCACAGCAAGAUUAAUUCCACUACGUUUUUACAAUCCAAGGUGCAAGCAACGAGCAAUGCUGUCCAGCUCUUAUAUCCAAGUUUUGCAACAGUUUUGUUCAAUUAAGCAACGCAUAGAGUAUGUUCUGAAUCGCAAUACGCCGUAUUUGUAUGUUGGUUAGUGGUAUGCUAAAGAUAUUAAACCUAUUUGAUUAUCCGAAAUGUGUUAAGGGUCUUGGAGAUGGAAUUUUACAACAUAAUUUGCCAUUAUCUGUUUAUUCCUUUAGAAAUUUUCUACUAUGUCAGCCUGUUUCGUCAAGGCAGUAGAAAUGUGACUUGUAGGAAAAAUUGAACAGAAAAAAAGAUGUGGUAAAUAUUAGUCCCUGAUGUUAGAUUUUUUUUGUGUUUUAAUUAAUAAUGUAAUUUUGUUUCUAAAUGUGUGUGUAUCGUUAAGUGAAUUGCAGUAUUCCAUUUUGGCGAUUUGUGUGUGCAAUGUAUUGUACAGAUUGUUGCUGUUAGAUUAUUUCAAAUCUCCUGUGAGGAAAUUUUACUAACAGGUUUCUGAUUUUUAGAUAAUCAAAUGUCUGUAAUUUUAGUUCAUUCUCUUGAUAUAAGAAUUUGAACAAUUGAUGAACUAUAAUUAGUUACAUUUUGGCGGUAAUAAUACUGCAAACAAUUUUGUAUUAUAUUUUCUCUAAUCCUCUUUGUUUAAAGGGGAUUAGAAUCUUUGAGACUGUUACUAUUAUUACUACUGCUAAUAAUACUAUUAUGACAAUUAUUAAUGUUUCAUAUUGUUAUAAUUAUUUGGAAAUAAACUCAGAACUACAA